AUGGAGGACCGCAAGAGACCUGCUCUCAGCAGCACAGACGACAUCGCGCCUCCCACCAAACGACAGGCCAUCAACGGUGGUAGCAAAUCCAAGGACGACACCGAAAUGAAAGAUGAAGCCUGGGUUGAGGAUUAUCAGAAGGAUGCCAUAUACCGACAGAUGCUCGAGUACAAACGCGAAAAGGGUACGUUGGAGACACGCCUCGAGGAGUUUGUCAAGCGAUCUACGCACCACGAUGAUCACCUACGAAUCGUCGACGCUUGGUGGCUACAGGAUAUGCUGAUACGGUGUCAGUUGCUGCAAGAAGUAGAGCUUAUGGUCGAAGGCAAUGUCCCUUUCGAGGCUGGAUCUGAGGGAGAGCAUUUAUUCCCAACCAAGGCCCUUUUCCGAGACAUGGAGGAGUUUGAGUCACACCUGAGCGAAAAGGCGUCGUCGAUCAAGAAGAUGCUCGAGACCUUAUUUUCUCGGCUGUCAAGUACUCGGGGCCAACUCACACCCAACGUUCCCAACCUAGAAUCCCAAGUCAAUGCGCUCCUGGCCAACCAGAAAGAUUUCCUCGUCAAGCUUGACCGCCUCGCGUCAGAUAAGGAGAGCCUCUCAGACCAGCUCAACACCGCUACCCUUAGAUACUUAAAGGCCGAAAGAAAGCUCGACAGAGUAAAAAGUGCGCAGGUACAAAAACUUGAACAGCAGGCACUUGCUCAUGCCACCGCUCGUCCGCCUGCGGGCUCCGGCCAAGAGAACGGCAUGGGUGUGGACCAGACCAAUGGGAACUACGAAACUCUACAACUAUCUUUGCAAGAGGCCAACGCCGUAGCGUGCAAGCAAAAGGAACAGUUGGAGCUUGCUUUAUCACAGAACAAGGCUCUCCAGGAAGAAGUUACAUCUGUGCAAGCCCGACUAACGAAUCUUACGGACGAGGACUAUUCUCGUACAGAAAUAUUCAAGUUGUUCAAGAGUCAGAACGAGGAUCUCAUCCGGAAGAUGAACACCCUGGAAGCAGAUAACCACAACCUUAAAUCGGCAGCAGCGCGAUUAAAGGAGGAGAGAGAGUUGAGCCGUCAGAAGGUCGAAUCAGAAGCUCAGGUCCUUAUCGCAGAACUUGAAGACCAGCUGCAGCAAGCGGACACCAGCCUUGCGCGCGUUAGAGCCGCAAGAGAUGAAAUGCAUGCUGAUGUGACGAUGCUCAAGGCGAGCAAGGAGCAGGAGAAAUCGGCUUUCGAACACAUGAAGGAACUUGUUGGCGCAAAAGAGGAACGUAUCUCUGCUCUGGAGUCCGAGCUGCAACGCCUGCAACGCAGCGAGGACGUAGACAUGACAGCGCGUCCAGAAGUUGAUGAGUUGUCGCCGGAGGAGCUUCGGGAGAAGUACAAGAAACUAAUGCGAGACUACGAAUCGAUCGAAAAUGAGCUGCCCGGGAUGACGAAUGCCGUAAGGAAGUUCCAGGCUCUAGCGAACAAGAAGGUGAUGGACUUCACUGCGCAAGAAGAACGUGUUGCCAUGGCGAUUGCGGAGAAGGGCAAAGCGGACUCGAAGUACUUCAACGCACGCAAGGAUGGGGAUGCGAGGCAGGAAGAGAUCAAGCGCUUGCGAUCGCAAAACGGCAAGAGUUCUGAGAUUAUAUCUCAGCUCAAGGACGUCGAAGCGCACAACCGAACGCUGGUCACAAACCUGGACAAGCAGCUGGCCGAUCUGAAACAGACGAAUGCCUCCACCAUGGCCGACAACAAGAAGCUGGAAUCCUCCAGCAGCGAAAUAUCGCGGCGCUACGAUGCUCUGAAGCAACAAGUCGCGGAACUGACGAACUUGGCGAAAUCCAAGGAUUCUACAUCCGCUAUCGCUAAAGAGCGAGCCACUACAUCCGAAGCGGAUGCUGAAAAGCUCAAGGUCCGUCUCGAAUCUGCAACGAAGGAGCGUGAGAAGUGGAAGGCCAAGAGCUUGAGCAACUCUUCCGAGGAGGAGGAAAUGCUGCGCAAUAUGGCGACUUGCUCUGUCUGCAAGAAGGAUUUCAAGAACACGGCACUCCGCACUUGCGGACAUAUCUUCUGCAAGGGCUGCGUCGAAGACAGGCUUGUCAACCGAUUGCGGAAGUGCCCGAAUUGCAACAAGUCCUUCGACAGGUCCGACGCCAUGACCGUUCACCUUUAG